AUGCAGGCGGCGACCUCGCCAUCAACAGUCCAAGCAUCACCUUCGUCGACGCCACAUCCCGCGGCUUUUCCGGGCAGUGCCAACCACGUGAGAACCUCUGCCUCUGAUACACCCAAACCGCGCGCGCGUCUGGCUUGCCACAACUGUCGUCGGAGCAAAGUGAGAUGCGGUCCCAACACCGGCGAGAUCGUCAGACCUUGUCCUCAAUGUGCCAAAAGCAACAAAACUUGCACAUGGCCAGACGACCUCAACUUCCCCAGCAAUGGCGUCAAGAAGAUCGAACCUGCUGUUUCUGAGGCUUCUCCGGAUCAUCGACUAUCCGACUCUAGGAAGCGCAGGAAACCACCCAGCACUUCUUUCGAAAGGCCGUCCACGGCAGAUGGCGACAUCGAUAACCUGUAUCUACAGUUCACCGAGACCAUCUGGGACGAGUUGUACAACAUCUUCAGACAGCACUACGCAACCGAACUCCCCUUUCUGCAUGAACCCACCUUUCUGAAGGACCUCAAGCGAACCGACGUGCAGAGGCUGCCUGCUUAUUUUGCUCCUUUACGCCUUGCAUUUCUUGCUCUCACCUUACCUUUCCAUCCGGGUAUUGAACGCCAAAUGCCAUUAGACUCUCGCCGGUAUGCUCGAAAAUGCGCCGAGGCGGCCGAGGCUAAAAUUAACUUUUGCGCAUUGUCUUCGCCGUCGAUAGAGGUUCCGCAGGCUCUCCUGAUUCUUCGCGCACUCAUCGAUGCGCACGGAGCGAAAAGCUUCAUCCUCCUCGGGAGUGCGAUCAAGACGAUGCAGCUUCUUCGCUGCCAAUUCGAUGAGGAACUCGUAGACAAAGAUCUCGACGACAAGAUGCGAUCGACCUCCAAGCAAGAGCCACGUGAAGAUUGGCUUAAUGAGCGACGCUUCAUCUUAGAAGAGACUAGGCGUCGUACUUUCUGGAGCUGUUUCAUCAUUGACCGAUAUGUCAGUUACGGCGAUUACAAACCACGUAGCAUCCUGAUGGGGGACCCUUCCAUCUUGGUUCAAUUACCUUGCAGCGAAGACCGGUUUGAUCUUGGACUCAAGACCAAGACCAGGAUGCUACGAGAAUCGGACGAAGAUUUCUUGAGCCGACGUCAAAAGUAUUCUCAGCAUCUCGAGGAGUACCAACACAGUCUUGAGAAACAUAACCAAGGCUAUCCGAUCGACGCGAACGUCGAGUGGGAAGACGAAGAUGCUCAGAGCCCACUUGUAUGGCUCAUCAAAGCAUUGGAUGUUUUUGGUGACGUUAUGAGAUAUACAUGCACUAUCACCCGAAGAGCUGACAAAGAAAACCCUUGGGAUGAGUCGUCUGUCAAUGAUUUGAGCUUCUACAAGCUUGACAAGAAGUUGGACCAACUGAUUAGUAAACUUCCGGUUAGUCUUAAGCUGACCCCUUCGGUGAGGGAUGUCCACAUUCACCGCCGGCGAGCCACCCCAUACGUCCUCCUACACUUGACUUUGCUCAUGUGCAAGAUGGCACUGCACCGGGAAUGGCUCCCAUCCAUCACGUUUCCCAAGGCAUUUCCUACGGGCCCUGUCGACGGUCCCCGGUGGGAAGAGCUCAAGGAAGAUUCUGAACGCUGGGCUCCAAACUUCUGGAAGGACAUCAUGUGGUUAGCGUUUUUCCCCAACUUCGACCAAGACGGCCUUCUAUGCCAAGGAACAGAUCGUCCAGACGAGCUGGUUUUUGACAAUUUCGAGCAUGCCUUUGCCAUUUUGCGUCAUCUGCAAGAACGGAUGAACAUGGCACGUGCCCAAGGCGUAAGGCUGAGGAACGCAUUCAGACACCACCUGGAUACCCGGUCCGGAUACACAGGAGAUGCAGACUCACCCACGGAGGUGAAGAUCUCCCAUGGUCUCAAAAAGUACCUGGAAUUGGAGAAGGAUCACAAAGAGUUUGGCGGUGAAGUUACCGGAACAGACCCUCCAAUUGAAGAACUCCCGGAUCUUCGGGCGCUUCUCCGCGUAUUGAAUCAGGACGAGAAUCCGACAGGCAGCGAUCAUAAUAACGCUAUGAAGAGCGAAGUAAAGAGCGAGCACAGUAACAUCAUUGAACGAGCACCGGCCUUGCGCUCUGCGCCUACAGACCCUCCCACUUGGGCAUCGGUCAACAGGGAACCUUCGGUUUCAACCCACAUGUCUCCUCCUCAACAGCACUACCAGCAUGGACAACAACACCAAUACCCGUCGGCCAACCAGCCGUCAUCCUUCGGAGCCACCUCUGACAUUCAACAACACUACGCAACAGUUGCUGCGCACAACUAUCAGACGAUUAGUAAAGAACGAGUCACUUCGAACACAAUGGACCACCACUCCAACUAUCCUGGACAAUUUCCCCCCGCGAACGGCGUCUAUGCGUCACCCAUGAACGGAAUGCUCGUCUCUGUUUAUCCAAAUGUAGAUUGGGGCGAGCAUGCGACUAUGAGCGAUCUGGGCCGCCAAGAUGGUCAGACUUUCUCGGGCGACUUCUUUGGCCAAUCCCAACCGCAGGACUACACUUAUUAUGCCCAACAGCAACACUCGACGCACCCGCAUUACGGUGGGGCCUAG